GUUAGCUUUGCUUCUUGCUGAUCUUGUAUUUUUUGUGAGUUUCUUGUUGGCUUGCUGGUCUUGUGGUGGUUGUCUUACCAAUUCUCUGGCGUUGUAACAUUAAGCUAAAGCUGCUGCCUUGCUUCGUCUCCCUUUUUAUAAUUGCUUUGUUCAGUGUUUACAGCAGAAGCAGCAGAUUUCCAAUGGCGUUGAGCACCCAAAGAGCCUCUGCUUUUCAUCCUUCAGCUGAUCAGUCGGCUCCUCCUCAAUGGAACUACGAUGUGUUUUUGAGUUUCAGGGGUGUAGACACUCGAAAUGGCAUUUUAUCCCAUUUAUACCACGAAUUGCAGAACAGGUGCAUCAAAACAUUCAUGGAUGAUCCAAAGCUUGAAAGAGGGACAACCAUUUCUUCUGAGCUCUUCAAAGCAAUCGAAGAAUCAAGGCUUGCAAUCGUUGUUCUCUCGCCAAACUAUGCUUCUUCCUCCUGGUGCUUGGAUGAACUUACAAAGAUUCUCCAAUGCAUGAAAUCCAACGGCACAGUUCUGCCUGUGUUUUAUAAUGUGGAUCCCACCGAUGUGCGAAAACAAAGCGGCAGUUUUGCAAGCGCGUUCGCUGAGCAUGAGAAAAGGUUUGGGAAAGACACAGAAAAGGUGAAGCGCUGGAGAGCUGCUUUAACAGAAGUUGCCAAUUUAUCUGGGUUUGAUUCAAAGAAUCAGUGUGAAAGAAAGGUCGUUGAAAAGAUUGUUGAAUGGGUGUGGGGGAAAGUGCAUCGCACAUUCAAAUUGUUAGAUUCAACAGAGUUAGUGGGAAUUAAGUUUACACGUGAGCAAAUGGAUUUGCUUGUAGCUCCUACAGAUGAUGUUCGCUUUGUAGGGAUAUGGGGGAUGGGAGGCAUUGGCAAGACAACCGUUGCUAGGUUUGUUUAUGAAAGCAUUUCUUUUCAUUUUGAAGUUCCCUGCUUUCUUGCUAAUGUUAGAGAGGCUUCUGAAGUUAAUCAUCUUGUUGAUCUACAAAGACAGCUUCUUUUCCCUAUCUUGAAGGAACAAAUUGCUCAAGUUUUGAAUGAAGACUGGGGGACCCAUUUCAUUAAGAAUUGCUUACGUAAUAAAAAGGUUCUUCUCAUUCUUGAUGAUGUGAAUGCAUCAAGCCAACUAGAGAAAUUUGCUAAGGAAAAGGAUUGGUUUGGUAAGGGGAGUAUAAUCAUCAUUACAACUAGAGAUGAAAGGUUGGUUAAAAAGCAUGAUAUGGAGAUACCAUAUAAGGUAGAGGGAUUAGGUUAUGAUGAGGCUCUUCAGCUCUUUAGUCUGAAGGCCUUUAAAAAAUUUGAGCCUGAGGAAGGUUUUUGGGAAUUGUCCAAGUGCUUUGUAAAUUAUACUGGAGGCCUUCCAUUAGCUCUUAAAAUUUUGGGAUGCUCAGUGUAUAAGAGAGAUCGAGAUGAAUGGAAAAAUGAAUUGGAUAAGCUACAGAAAAUUCCUGAGACAGAAAUUUUUGAUUUGCUCAAAAUCAGUUUUGAUAGACUAGAUGAGAUGAACAAGAACAUAUUUCUUGAUGUUGCAUUUUUCCUUAAGGGGAAGGACAAGAAGGAAGUAAUUGAAAUACUAGAUAGUUGUGACCGUUGUGGUGGGAUAAAUGCUCUGGUUGAGAAGUCGCUCUUAACUAUUGAUAUUUCAAACAACGUUAACAUUGUUCAGAUGCAUGAUUUGAUACAAGAAAUGGCAUUUCAAAUUGUUCGUCAAGAGUCUCCUGAAGAGCCCGGUAGACGCAGUCGAUUGUGUCAUCCUAAUGACAUCAUUCAUGUAUUAAUAAACAAUACGGCAACUAACAAAAUUCAAGGCAUCGCCUUAAGGAUGGCAGACCUUGAAAAGGCGGAUUGGAAUUGUGAAGCAUUCUCUAAGAUGAUUAACCUGAAAUAUCUUGAAGUUAAUAAUGUGAUCAUUUCCCCAAUGUCAAUCCCCAGAAUUCUUCCUAAUUCCUUGAGAAUUAUGAAAUGGAAUGGGUAUUUUUCCAAAUAUCUCCCAUCAAAUUUUCAACCAAAUAACCUUGUUUCACUUGAGAUGCAGGGCAGCAAACUAGUUAGGCUCUGGGAUGAAAGAAUUGACUUGCCCAAUUUGAAAUACAUGGACCUUAGUUGCUCUCUAAACUUGGCAACAACCCCAAAUUUCACUGGCAUUCCAAAACUCCAGGUGUUGAAUUUUAAAGGGUGUGAGAAUUUAGUUGAGAUUCACCCGUCCGUUGCAUAUCUCAAAUGGCUUACAGAAUUAGUAUUCGAUGGAUGCAAAAGUGUUAAGAGUCUUCCAAGUGUGGUAGAAAUGGAUUCUCUUGUGUCUUUCAGUCUUUCAGGUUGCUCAAAACUGAAAAAGAUUCCAGAAUUUUCAGGACAAAUGAAAAAUUUGUCAAUGCUUACUUUGUGUGGGACGGCCAUUGAGAAAUUACCUUCAUCAAUUGGACAUCUUGUUGGCCUUACUUUUCUGGAUGCAAACAAUUGUGAAAAUCUCUUGGGUCUUCCGAGUGAAAUUUGUAAUUUGAAGUCUCUUCAAAAGCUCUAUGCGAAUGGAUGCUCAUACAAUGACAAUUACCCAGCAAACGCAUGUGGCUAUGUAGAGAUCCGUAUGCCUAAUAAAUCAAGGUUUUGGUGGGGCCUCCAAAGAAAGGCUUUUGUGUUGGAUUCGCUACAUGAUUUAUGGUCUUUGAAGGAAUUGAAUCUGAAUGAUCGUGGGCUUUGUGAUAUUCCGGAUGCUAUUGGCUGCUUGUCCUCUUUAGAAAAAUUAAACCUUAGUAGGAACAAUUUUGUUAGCCUUCCUGCAAGCAUUGGACGUCUUUCUAAGCUGAGGACAUUUUGGGUGGGUGGGUGCCAAAGGCUUCAAGAAUUGCCCCAUCUCCACUUUGGAUUGGUUGAGCGUGAAGACUACUACUGUUGUAUUUGGAUAUGCACAGACGAUUGCACUUCCUUAAAAAUGUUGCCAAAGUUGAGCAUACGAAACGGAAGAAGUCGUGUUGGUUUGAGUUGUUUGAAUUGCUCUGGAUUGGUUGAGGAUGAAGGCCUGGAUGGUAGUAUAAUACUUGGAAUGCUCUUGAUUGCUCGUGAUUGGAGAUUCUUUCAGGUGUCUAAAAUGAUUUGGCCUUCUCCCGUUUUCCAAAUUGUAACACCUGGAAGUAGAAUUCCAGACUGGAUCGAUAGUCAAAGUGUAGGAGAUUCCUUAAUUCUGGAGGUACCUCCAUGUACCAGGCCGAUUUGGAUUGCUUUUUGUGCUGUAUUUGAAGAAGGUGCCCUUGUGGAUUAUCCAAAUCCACCUCAUCGCCUUGAAGCUGAAAUUACAAUUGAAUGCAUCGGUUUCUUUGGCAACCCUAAGAUUCGUGUUCAAAGAUGCCAUCUUCUGUCACCUCACCUUUGGACAUCUUGUUUGCCUUUUUAUGGAAUACGCGAUCAAGUGAUUUCAUUCAGAAUUUUUUAUAAUUAUUGGAACUAUGUCACUGGAAAAACGGGGAGAAUAUAUUGGUCGGGUAUAAAGAAGUGUGGGUUUCGUUUGGUGCGCGAUGAAGACUUGGAAGAAUUCAAUCAAAUAGUGAAGAUGUGCCACUUCACCGACAUCAUCAGCACAAAAGCAGCUACUCCUCACAAUUCAGUUGAUGCAAGUGCAAGGGCACGUGGAAAUUCUCUCUGCCACAAAAGCUAUGCUCUUUCUAAAUGGUUUUUAACAAAACUUGUAAAGAUUUUCUCCCUCUUUUUAACAACUGCAGUUUUUAUGAAAUCUUUCAACAAUAGCGAACAAUGGGGAUGCAUAGGACUUUUGAUUUGGAGGGUAACCACUUUGAUUUCCUCCUUAGGCCUUGCACCCCUUUAUUUUUUGCUAUUGUUGAAAAGUUCAAUAGAAACUGCUAUUCUUAAAAGAGCAGCAAAAUUUUUGCGACCUUUGUUAAAAACACCGCCUCCUCAAAUGUCUACACAUAAAUACUUGAAAGGCUAAUGACGGUUUUCUCACAAUUGAUAUUAGAUUUGGAGCUGAUCAAAAGUAGUUGCGUGCUUAUUGGUCAGGAUGGAAUAAGCCAACAAGAAUUUUCAAUCAGAAGCUUAGCAUUGAGAAUUGCUGCUUUGUUGGGAUUCCUACCUUGUCUGCUUCACUUCAUAGUUUGUGCAAUCUCCUUUAAUUAUGCAGUCUUCUCUUAUUUAGCAUAUUUAAGUUUUAAAUUACCUCAUGUAACUUACUGGAAUUCUAAGAGGUUCAUUAAACCGUCAUAUAGGUGAGCGUCGUUUGAGAAAUGACGACAAUUUUUCACCGCAAUCAAUAUGUUCAGUAGAAUUGGGCAGUGCUAGUUGUAUCUUGAAAUAAACAAACUAUAAUAACAUUUUUUAUUAAAAUAUUUGGAGAACUGGAUUUAUGAGGUACCACAUGAUUUAUGAAUGAGUAGUAGGUGUCAA